AUGGGAGGCAUUAACGGCAUGAAGACAGGCGGCAGUAGUGGCAGCAAACCAGGAGGGAAUCUCACCAUGACAGAAAAAACGACCAAUAAAGAACAAGGAGGGUCACCGGAAGGAGUCACUCAGGCGAAGACCUCUCGGAAUGCGGUGCAGAUCAUUGGGUUGAAAAGUGGAGUGUUGGGUGCGAUCCAAUCGGGUUGGGUUGGGACGAUGGGGGCAGAGCCGGACUGGUCGAGCCGACUGGGUGGGCUUGGCCCGAGUACCUAA